CGCGCGCGCCCGCCCGCCCGUCCGCCCGCCAGCCCGCCCUCGCGCGCGGCCCAGGUGGCGGCCCGCAGGUCCUGGAGGCGGUGAAGGGGGGACUGGCGGCACCCCUGAGAGCUGUCACCGCGGGUACGGGGGCCGGGGCGAGAGGACCAGGGUCCGCGCUUCGCGAGGAGCCGUGCCUGCCGCACCCGAGAGGAUGGAGUGCUGCCCCAGUGGCCGCAGCGCGGCCCGCGACCCUGUGCUGGCUGGCCGCCUCUAGCUGCUUGAGUUGUACAUUUUAUCCACCACUUUCUCUAGGCCUCGUGUCUUGAUUUGGUGGCAUCGUGAUUGGAAAGAAAUGGAAGAAAAGGAGCGAUGUGACCCAUUGCGAUUGGUCCUCCUGUGUUGAGUCCUGGGUGGCAUUUGUAGAGAGGAAGACACAUCAAGGAAAUCGUGUCUUUCUGGAGGAGAGUGAGGAAAAAGCAACAAGGUCUCAUAUUUUAUAUAUAUGAUUUUUUAAAAAAGAAAAUCCUGCACUUUGAUGGUGAUGGCGAUGUAAAGUAGUCCAAAAGUUACCUUUCUAUUUAGAAGAGAGAAGGGUUGGAUUUUUUUUUUCCCUUUUGAUUCCAACCUUUUCUCCCAGUGACAAAGCAUAAAUCUUGCAUACCAGAGAAUAACGUGGACCUCAGGAAUCCUGAAAAGACCGAGAAGCUUCUAUCUUCCUCAGGAGGGAAGAAUAGGGUGUUUUCAGCUCUCUCUGGAACCUAAAACAAAAAACAUGAGUUGCGUACCAUGGAAGGGAGACAAGGUGAAAUCUGAAUCCUUGGAGCUGCCCCAGGCAGCACCCCCACAAAUCUACCAUGAGAAACAGCGCAGGGAACUUUGUGCCCUCCAUGCCCUCAAUAACGUCUUCCAGGACAGCAACGCCUUCACAAGGGAAACGCUACAAGAGAUUUUCCAGAGGUUGUCUCCAAACACUAUGGUGACACCACACAAGAAGAGCAUGCUGGGAAAUGGGAAUUACGAUGUGAAUGUCAUUAUGGCAGCACUUCAGACCAAAGGCUAUGAAGCUGUUUGGUGGGACAAGCGCAGGGAUGUUGGUGUCAUUGCUCUUACCAACGUCAUGGGCUUCAUCAUGAAUCUGCCCUCCAGCCUGUGCUGGGGACCGCUCAAGUUGCCUCUCAAAAGGCAACACUGGAUCUGCGUCCGAGAGGUAGGGGGAGCCUAUUACAACCUCGACUCCAAACUCAAGAUGCCUGAAUGGAUUGGAGGCGAGAGCGAGCUCAGGAAAUUUCUUAAACAUCAUUUGAGAGGAAAGAACUGUGAACUCCUGUUGGUGGUACCAGAAGAGGUGGAAGCCCAUCAGAGCUGGAGGGCUGAUGUGUAACACAGUUGUGCCCCACCUGGCCCUUACCCCACCCUCCAGGCCUCUGCCGUGUGCUGUGGCCUCUCCAGUGGGCCUGCCCUGGACACUUCCCCAAACAUCUCAUUGGGUUUCCCCUUAAAAUCUGCCAGUGCAGUAGGACAGUUGUGUGGACUGUCUGGAGAACCACCCGCUGUCCAUGCCUGGGGAAGAAAGGGAGGGGCUGAGCCCUGAGGGCCAGCUACUAGAAGCCUUGCUUCCACCAGAGAGAAGGCAAAGUAGAUCCCAGCUGUUUGCC